AUGUUUCCAAAUGGAAGCUCCAAGUUACUCUACCGGACCAAGCCCCCUCUAGACGCUGGCAUGAACGCAGGCCCCGACCCCUACCACUAUACCAGUGGCCGAUGGCUUCUUCAGGAUGUAAUAGAGCGAGAAUCACGUUUUAUACAUUUCGACUUCGAUGCUCUCUGCCGUAAAGUUUUGGCAUUGUGUCCCAACUCCACCCCUAUCACUUCGUAUCAUAAGAAGGAGGGUACCUUUAACCGAGUGUUCAUAUUCCAUACUGAUAGCGCUGAACGUAUCGUCGCAAGGCUACCCUUUGGAUUGGCAGGGUCUCCGCGACUUUCGAGUAAUUCAGAAGUCGCAACGAUCAAGUACUUGCAGGCCGAGACUGAGAUCCCUAUUCCAAAGAUACUCGACUGGAAUGACGACGCUUCAAAUCCUAUCGGCAGCGAAUACAUUAUCAUGAAACAUGCACCAGAGAUCCAAUUACUUGAAAAAUGCGCAGGACUGAUUGCCAAAAAGCUCACAAAGAUGGCCAACAUCAAAUUUCCAGCAUAUGGCAGUCUUUACUUUGCUAGAACACCAUAUCUUCCUCCCUCAAAACUCCCGUUUAAUGAAGAGUUUUGUAUCAGCCCACGCUGUGGGCACAUGUACUGGAAUUGUAUGCCUACUCAGCCCAAAUUCUAUCACAAUGUCAAACCAAAUCAAGGACCUUGGAUAAAUUUAGCCGAUUAUGCGGACGGUCUCGUCGACUCCGGAAUUUCUAGAAUACUGCCUCUUGCACCUACUGUAAAAGGCCCACGUUACCAAGGGUCUAUUGAGACACAUAAAAGCCUACUCAAACAGGGCCGCACAAUGUUGAAGGAAAUGUGCAAAAGCCCUCAAAUCCAAAAUGCUGCCAGCCCUGCUAUGUUUCAUCCCGGUCUGGACAAAAGAAACAUAUUUGUGUCAGAAGAUGAUCCCACCAUUGUGUCAGUUAUCAUAGAAUGGCAGUCUACUAGCAUUGAGCCGGCAUUCUGGUAUGCGGAACAAUUUCCAGACUUUACGCAUCCUCCUCCUGACCUUUGCGACUUGGUCGAUUUAAUGGACCCUUUGAUCUCAGCACGUGCCAAAACCUACGAUAUAUCCCUGAGAAUAUUCGCCCCGAGUUUCUCCGCAGCGAGAUCAAUGGAUAAGUCGUAUUUCCGGCCAUUUCAAUACUGCCAUCGCACCUGGGAAGAUGGGGCCGUCGUGUUUCGUGAAGAGCUGAUAGAGGCCUCGCGACAGUAG